GCUGGUUAUCCAGUUACUGGUAAGCAUCACCAGAUAAGGGUGAUGCUCACCAGUUAACCAUUUAACCAAUGACAUCCCUAGAGGGUAUUGUACUGGAUCUUGGAAAAUAAGCUAUUACAUGUGCAAACUAUCGGACCUUCUAAAAAGCAGAAUCCUAUGAAUCAGAAAGCAGGACUACACUCUAAAUUAAUUUUAAGCAAGGUGAUGUUUAAUUUUUUCCUGUUUUUCCCUUGGACUUUUUUCAUUAUAUUUUAUUAUAUAAACCACUACACUGCUACAAAUUUAAUUAUAAAGGUUGGCUAAUACGAGAAGGAUCAUUUUAUGAACAGAAAAAAAAAUCCAAAAACUGAAUUAUAAGCCACUGGAUGGCCUCACAUACUCAGAAAUGCUUGGGGCUCUCAUUACUAGAAUAUCGGACUGCGUAGGAAAAUUUGAACUUUAAAGUCACAUGAUGAAACCACUGGUUUCCUAAACAUGCUACGUAUAUAGUUUCAAUUACUUAAAACCAAGGUUCUAUUUCCCCAGCAGAACUGAAGGUUUUUGCAGUCUGCGACUAUCUGGGAUUUUGAGUUUGAAAUACGGCAACCAAAGAAGCGACUUCGUUUACACAGAAAGCAGAGUAUAUACUAAAAAGGUGUUACUUCCUCCUAAUAGUAAUUAUAUUUCAUCUCAGUAUUCACUGUGAAAGACUCAGACAGUUGCAUCUGUGGAACAUUGCAGAGGAUUAGCUGGAGAGCAGUAGUCUUAAAAAGAUCCUCACUGCUGGCACAGCUGGACAUCCCAGUCACAUGACCCCCCAUCCUCCUCCUCGCGGUUUGUGGCAAGUGUCUCUCAGUCUCCACUAGAUCUCUCCAGGGAGCUGUCACAAGACCCAAAUAUUGAGCCACGCAACAGAGUGCUCCAGACGGACUCCAAGCAGCCUGACAAGCACAGAGAAGAGACCGUGCUGGCAGCAGCUACGCCACUUGGGGAUCCUAGAGACUCGUGGGAACUGAAGAACAUUGCCAGGGCAGAAAGGCAUCUUUCAGCACACAGCAUGAGUACAACAGGUGGUGCUCCAAGGAGGUCAGCAGGGGCCAAGUGCCAUGGAAUCUUCAUAUCAGCCAUAGCACUAUAAUGAAGCCACUUGUGACUACACCUCUAGCUAUUGCAUUGCAUAUAUGCAUUACCAUUUGGAAAGGUUGCGGUUUCAAUCUUCAUAAAAGAAAAAUAAAUUUACACAGAAGGAUGCUCUCUCACAACAUGACCUGGAUAAGCUAUCCAAGCCAUAGCUUGGACUCAUCCAUCAAAAUAGAAGACCUCAUAGCUUCUCAAAAUGUCAUAUCAAGAUUUAUGCAUUGCUACAUUGCCUUCUUUGUACCCACAGGUUUAAUAGCUGGCAUAUUUAUCCUGACCAUCUUCAUAAAGAACUUGCAGCAUAACUUGAAAAAAUUAGACACAUUUCUUUUUUAUUUCACCAUCAGCAAUAUUGUGAUGAUAUUGUUUUCAUUUACAGUCAUAACUCGACCUGGAUAUUUAAUGGCAACCUACUUAGGGUGUGGAGUUCUGUCAUUUUUUUUCAAUGUAAGUUAUUUCAAUUCUCAGUAUCUUCUAAUUUUGAUGCUGCUUGCUUUUUUACUCAAUAGAUUCCCAUCAAGCACUGCUGUGAUGACCAAAGCAAUUCAAAGGCCACUGUUAUGUGUUGGAUUUGUACUAGCAUGUGCCUUCUGCAUAUCUCUGGUAGUGGUGUCAUUGCUAGGUACGGAUAACUACCACAAAGUAACAAACUGUCAAUUAGAUCCAUUAUUUGCAUUGCCUGAAUAUGAGAUUAUUAAAUUCAGCUUUGGGUUUGGAAUUCCAUUGUUUUUCCAGAUAUUCUGUUUUAUUUUAUUCUUUGUUAAAGAAGCCCAACCAGAAGCUCCAACCUUAAAAAAGAAUGUUCAAACUUAUCUGGCUGUGCUGACUAUAACAAUAACAAUGUUUGCAUGCCGUCUGUUUUACAACAUUAUGAUUCUCUCCAGGACCACAUUAAAGAUACACAAAAGCAUUGGCACGCCGAAGAAUGAGCUAAUGAUGAAUAUAGCAGAGAUAGUGUUGUUUAGUGAGAGCUGCAUUAGUUUGAUAUUCAUACUUUCUCUGCAUAAACCAUACCAGGCUGGAAUACUGAAAAUCAUAAUGAACCUCAUAAAAGUUUGCAGAAAAGAUACUACCAACGAGUCUCCUGAAAUACGAGCAGCAUCUAUUGAUGAUGAAAGUGGGCCUCAUUGACUCUCCUUUGUCCCUCAAAGUAUUGAAACAUUUUCACUUGUUUUAUCAAGAACUGUCCAUCUUUUUUGGCUCAAGACUAAACCUGCUUUACAAAUAUCUGAAGAAAAAAAUGUUGCUUGGUACUUACCAUCAAGGUUUUCAAAAUGAAAGGAACUGAUUUUUGUUAGGC